CAAAGACGUAUAGUUGUGGGUGGUGCCAUUUUUUAAACUUUAGAGCGGGUGCUUUCACUUUAGUAGAAUAAACAAAAAAAGGUAUCAACUUCAUGGAACAAGGAGACAUGCAGUCCUCAAAACUUCCAUUGUAUCAAUGCUCGAAAGAUAAUUCUGGUAGCAGACUCCUUAAUGCAGCUUCCAAACCUAUGGACAAUGGAAAGAAGACCUUUCUUCCCAAGCUUGAGCUCAAUAAAGAAUUACCUGUUCUUUUCAAUUUUGCUUCUAAAAGUCAAAACAGUGCAGUAUUCAAAGCACAGAAUACAGCUGCCAACCAAAGGAAAAAGCCUUCUACGUAUGCUGCCAGAGGCCCGGCAGCACGACUCAAGUUGGAGGCAGAGCUCAGAGACAAGAAUCAAUUGCUUGAGGCUGCCAAUCAUCAGCUCGUUGAAAACUUGUCGGAAGCAAAGGAGAAUAUUGGAGAGCUGUUGGAGAAAAACACAAAGCUGGAGGGCAAAAGUAAUGAACUACAAAAGCAGUUGGAGACCUGCAUGCUGUAUCUGGAAACCAGCAAUAUUGAUCCAGUUUCUGGAGGUAGAAUCCUUGAAUCAGCUCAACAGAAUGAAGAGCAAAGAAAAGAAACUAUGAGUCUAGUCCGGGAUCUAAAGAAUGAACUUGAGCAGUUCAGCAGGAAUGCUGCUAUCCAGAGAGCAGAACUGGAGGAACUGAAUUGCAAGGGAAGAAUAUUAAAGCAAGAAAGGUUGAGUUGCCUUCAGGAGCAAGGUGAUUUUCAAGCCGAUUUGGAAAACAUGCUGAAAGAACUGAAGGAAGCACAAACACUGCUGGAAACUAAAAAUGCUGUAAAUGUACGUUCUUUGUAAACUGUUUUCUUCAAGUGUAUGCUGUAUGUCUUAAGUCAUUUAUGAUUUCCACAGAACCCUUACAUGCUGGAUACCCCUCUCUGUAAAAGCGUGGUCGGCUUGAAUUGCUUAAUCAUUUAAAAUAUAUAUUUGUAUCCCCUUCGCAAGGUUGGAGAGACAGUGUCAGGUUGUUAAUAGGCUUGUAGGUUUAUCAGCUUUUUAAAUUAUUGGCAACACUGUAUACACUACUCUCUUCCCAUUUGCAUUUAAGUGCAUUCAACCAGUGCAUUGUAUCACAAAGAUCGCAACGUAUCCAGAUCAUGCUCCCUGCAACAAUGCUCUGGUUUCCUAUUCCCACAAUAUGCCUGCAAACAUACAUACUGUUUAGAAGAAAAAAAAAAAUCUUCAAUCCAAGUUUAUAUACCUAUGAUUUGUGAAAAUAAAAUAUAUAUAAAAAUUACUGGUAUCAGGAAUACGUUGUGGGGGACGACGACAUUUGCUGAAAUGUGAACAACAUGUAUAAACACAGGAAGAGGUGCUUUUACUACUCUUCUACUCCACCUGAAGGAGCCUUUUAUAGCAUUGGGUACCCAUUCUGGGCUGCAUAAACCACUUCUC